AUGGCAAUUACCAUUCGGAGAGCUACCAUAGAUGAUUUACUAUGCAUGCAAAAUGCCAAUUUGAACAAUUUACCUGAAAAUUAUUUGUUCAAGUAUUACAUGUACCAUAUCCUUUCAUGGCCUGAGGCAUCAUUUGUGGCCACAACAACCGGUGAUGUGAGCAAUCCGCAGGAUGUGUUUGAAGACCUUGCUCAAGAACAAAAUGUAGAGAUUAAGAGAGACCCUACCUAUAUUCGCCCUGGUGAGAAACUCGUCGGGUACGUGCUAGCAAAGAUGAACGACGAUCCAACACAACAGAAUGAACCCGCCAAUGGUCACAUCACUUCCCUGAGCGUGAUGAGAACAUACAGACGCAUGGGUAUCGCCGAAAAGUUAAUGAGACAAGCUCUUUUCGCUUUGAGAGAGGUUUACCAAGCUGAAUACGUAUCAUUGCAUGUUAGACAGUCUAACAGAGCUGCGCUGCAUCUCUACAGAGACACGUUGACAUUUGAAGUGUUGAGCGUAGAAAAGAGCUAUUAUCAAGAUGGCGAAGAUGCCUACGCCAUGAAGAAAGUUCUGGUACUCGACGAGCUCAAGCCAUCCAACUUCCAGAAGGGAGAAAUCGAAGACGAUCUGGAAAGCGAUUUGUUAGCGGAUAUCCUCAAGGAAGGCGUAGAUCAAGUCACCGUUUAG